GAUUUUCUUCCUUACCCUGGAGUCGUGAUUAAAAAUAUACAAUUUGAGGUUAUGUUUGUAAAAUCCGGCAAAACUAGUUUAUCUAUCAAACUCUAUGAAAGUUUAACUAAUAUGUGAUACACUGGUGAUUGUAGUUACAAUAUAAGUAGAUUUAUUUCAAUAAGAUUUGUGAAAAUAUGUGAUAACUUUUCAAUAAGUUCGCCAAUGCAAUUGUAAACAAACAAUAUGACAACAUUUGAUAAUUUAUCUAAGACACAGAGAAUCCGCGCUGCGUUAUACAGAGACGUUAAAUCAAUUUGUACGGAAACAUGCCAUUUCCUGGGCCUGGACGUUACGAAGCCAGCAAUGGAAAUUGUAGCAGAACUGGUUUAUAAGAAAAUUUCUGUUUACGGAACAGACUUGGAAGCUUUUGCUAAACAUGCUAAACGCAGUACAAUCAACGACCAAGAUGUAAAACUUUUAGCGAGGAGGAAUCCAUCGUUGAAAUCUCGCCUGGAUGCAAUAGCUCCUGAUUCAGCCAAGAAAGACAAGCGUCGUAAGACAGUAGUGCCUGUUACUAGGGUCCCAGAAACACCAACAGCUAAAACUGUGCCAGAGAAACCCUCCACAUCCAAGACAGAGACUGAUAAGGAAGUAAACGAACGGAUGGAUUUAGAUAACGCAAUAGAUUUGACUUUUGAAGAUUGAGUAGUUGUUUUUGAUGUGAAAUAAAUUUCGAGGAAGA